AUGACUGAGCUUGUGGUGUUCGAGAAUCAUGACGUGUACUUGGAGCACGCGACACGAGUCAAGGUCCCGUGUGAAAUAGACACAAUAGAACACUUUUUAAGAAUUGUCUCGGCACAUAUAGCGGCUUUCUCUGGGGACGCAACCGCGGCUGGUCGCUACCGCUUUGUCUACUCGCUGAAGGGAAAGCCCCUGUGGCAUGUGGCAGACUGCCUUGCGGCCGCUGAGGUGGUUGUGAGCUGCACGCCAGGUUUCCUCCAACGGAAGCGCAGCACCGACCUACCUGUAGAACAGAGUGGGAAGCCGCGUUGCUUCGCGGAAGUGUCGGCGCCCACUUCUCCGUUUGAUGUUUUGGUGUCUUCUAGGACUGCCGCCUUCUCGUCUUCUGUGGCGUCCUCUGUCAAUGUGGUUCUCACACAUGAGGUGAGCCCCAACAGAAACGGCAUCUCCAAGCGCAUAGCGAAAGUGGGCGCCGGGGUGCGGAGCGGAAGAGACAUCGAGUUGGACUCCACCGUCUUCAUUGUUUCUGGGAGGCGUGUGGUACUGCCGCCGCUUCCUCGCUUUGUUGAUCCGGCAUUAGGCGCCGCAAUGGAGUUGCGGCACACUGAAAGGGUUGCCGCAGUGCGUGUGCUGCUUUCGUUGAAGCUUCUUGGUCGUCCUUUCCCGGAGGGCGAGCUGCUCUUUUGCGAGGAGCUGCAGUCGCGUCUUGAACCCGUUGUUGAAAGAGCCACCUCAAGAGCUGAGGAGGUCGCGGCUUGCGUGGUCGUAGAGGGUCCGCCAAAGAGUGGGGUGUCGACAACGCUGGCGUAUUGUUGCCAAAUGGUGGUCUCUGAGCCGAGUGGCCGCCUGUUUGGUUGCCUCUUUUUGCCUCUCAACUUUGAGAUCCUCUUUGACAGCGCAUGGCUGCAGGACUCGCGUGAAGGGAAUUCGGGUGACAAAGAACCACCUGUGAACACGAAUCACCAGCACGCACUAUUACUGGAUGUCUCAUUUUUCUACCUGACGCUGGUGCGAGUCGUGGUGGAUGCUGCGGUGGCUCAGCGACCGUCUUUGCGUGACUACAGUCAAGUUCUUGUGGAGGCAUGGGAACAGCUUGUGACACGGGACGAUUUAGAUGCCCCUGAGUUUGGUGACCCGCAGUUGACGCAAGUGGUGGGUCAUCGGGCUGUGUAUGAGUGGGAGGCGUUUGCAGCAGCCGCUGUGCAGGUCCUGCACGCAUUGAAAGCUUCGCCGCAGGAUAUGCAGCUGCGAGAUGCCUUUAUUGAAAUUGUUUUGGUACGGUUUGUUUCACACGUGGCGUCCGCACUCCGUUUCUCAGGCGUGGUGUAUAUUAUUGACGGUCUUCGCCUUCUUGCGGGUGUUCUGCAGCAUCGUGUUCGGCGAACGUUGGGGGACGCAGGGGUGUUUCUCCGAUGUCUCACGCAACAUAGUUGGGCACAUGUUUUUGCUGGCGUGGACACUCUCGCAUUUCCGCCGUCGACUAUGCUUUUUUCUGCACCUUCUCAAUGUGUGCGGCUUCUUCACUUGCUUUCACCGGAAUUGCUUACCAAGCGUUACGGCUACCCUGUGGUUAUAUACUGCUGCGGUGAACGGUUCUCGCUGCAGAUAUUCAUGGGUGCCCCUGGCUAUCUUCGAAUCCUACACACUUUGCUGGACGCGCACACCUGGACGACGACGGAGCAACGAGAAGGGAUGAGCUACGCACUACGGGUGGAUGAUGACGAUGUCCUCUACUCCCUUCAAAGCCUCUCAAAGCUGAUUCAACUAGAAGCCGGGCUCAGACUAGACUGA